UGUGUCUUGUAUAUAUAUCAUUAUAGGAUACAUGUGCCUCAUGAAAUUGGGUUAUUUCAAUUAAAGUUUUUAUAAGUUAACGACUUUUGGAAUAUGUUAUUUGCAUUCUGACAGUAUUAGAAGAAUAUAUUAUAUAAACUCCUCGCCUUUGUCACCUUAUAUUUUAGACAACUGCAUUCACUAGGGAUCAACAACUUCGUGAUUUGUAUAAGAUGGAGAGUAAAACAAGUCCAGACCAAAUUAUACAUGAACUUGGAGGCUGUGGACGCUACCAGAUCCGCAUGAAUGUUAUUGUCCACCUGAUCAAAACAAUUGUCUGUUGGAGUGCAAGUUCCAUGGUCAUUAUAUCAGCAACGCCUAACUGGUGGUGUGAAGAUGACGUUGUUUUGAACGAAUUAAAUAUGACAGCAUGCAGUUCUAUAGAAAACGGAAGUGAGGUCAUAAUGUGUCCAUUGAAGUCAUGUUUUGCAGUUAACGAUACCAAAUGUUCAGAUUUUGCUUUCGCUUCUGGAAUGAACACGAUCGUCAGUGAGUUUGAACUGGUUUGUGGUAAGGCUUAUAUUCCCAGUACAGUGAUGUCUCUACAGGUAGCUGGACAACUCGUUGGAAAUAUUAUAGCGGGACAAAUUGCGGACUUAAUAGGUCGAAAAUAUCCUUUAUUCGCAUCAAUUGCGAUUAUCCUAGUCUUUAAUCUGAUUGGUUACUUUGCCACUAACUGGAUAAUAUUUAGCAUUGCAAGGUUUUUCAUUGGCUUUGGGUCAGGCUUUUUCCUGUCAACGCAGUACAGCCUCCUAUCGGAAUUUUCCCUGGCGAAGUGGCGAGUAUGGAUAAUAGGGUUUCCGUCGUGGCCUAUUGAAGCGUGUCUUUUUGCCCUGUGUGCAUGGCUUGUUCCAGACUGGAGAUAUAUACACCUGAUUAUUGCCAUAAUGUGUGUGCCGUGUCUUUUAGCUUGGUGUGUGAUUCCGGAAAGCUUCCGUUGGUUUAUUGCUCAUGACAAACCAGACAAAGCUGAAGAGAUCAUUAAACAAGUAGCAGCAUAUAACAAACGUGAGCUAACUGAUAUUGCACACCAUCUGGAAAAGCCGAAAGACACAAAGGAUAGAAAAUAUACAUUUGUUGACUUGCUCAAAUCACGGAAGUUGAUUAUAAUCACUCUGCUGUCCGCGUUAAACUGGACAGGUCUAGGCCUUGUGUCAUAUGGCAUUGGUUUUGGUGUGCAAGCACUGUCUGGAAACCUUUAUUUUAACUUCUUUCUCUUUUCUCUAGUCGGCAUUCCGUCGAAAGCAAUCGCUCUUUGGCUACAAAAUAGGUUUGGUCGGAGAGGCACAAUAAUUAUGUGUUACUUUUGUGUAGCUAUUGGUGGAUUUGUUGUCGGUAUAGUACAAACAAUUGACGCACCAAACAAGGAUGCAUUAACCAAUGCGUUUGCCCUUGUGGCAAAUAUUGGUGUAAGUACAGCUUGGGGACCAGUACAGACGAUGACAAUUGAGGUUUAUCCGACUGUUGUCAGGACAAUCGGUUUUGGCAGUUUAAGUGUAAUGGCGAGAGUCGGUGCAAUGAUCGGACCUCAGUUAGUCUAUUUGAAUAUGUACGUUGCUGGGCUGCUAUAUUAUGUGUGUGGUGCUGUGGCUGUGCUGUGUAUAAUUGGAAGCCUAGGACUGCCAGAAACCAUGAAUUCAAAUCUAAAUGAUAAAAUAACAGAAGAAAACAAAAAUCUUACUUCUGAGGUUAACCAUAAAAAUGUUGUUGUGUAAUAGAAACACGCAUUAGCAUUUAUUUGCUUUUAAUUACGUUCAUGUAGGCAGGGAUAUUAACUGUUAAGUAUUUUCAUUUAGGCAGGGAUAUUUUGCAUUGUAACUGUGGUUGAAGUUUCAUAUUUUCUUUUUCUAUACUGUAACAAAGAUUCUGAGAAAAAAUGUAAUUAGAAUUGUUUACACAACUUAUCAAUGACAUAUUUUGUGAUUUUUGGAGAAGAAAAAUUUCAUUCAAUGUUAAUUGAAAAUAUAUUUAUAUGCAAUAAAGGGAAUAUACAAAAUGUAUUUAUUUGACUAUUCAACGCUGUGUUUGAAAUAUUAAUAGUUUUAAGGUAAACUACGAUGUAAGUGCUGAAAAUUUAUAAUGAAAUCAUUUUUUUAUUUCAAAUACGGUAUAACGGUUAUGUUCGUCAUAUUUGUUAUGGUCAUUGGCAAAACUGUAUGCAGCAGAAAAAGAUGUGCGACUGAUGUAGUACAUUAAUCGAGCUGAUCUAUUUCAUCUGUAAGAACGAAAUUCAUAUACUGUAUAGAAAUGAAAGAACCAUCUUCGUAUUGGAUAAUACGUAUUUAUAUAUAAAUGGUAAAAUAAGAUCUAAAUUCACAUUCAUAAAAUGUUAUUGCACAUGUUAUUGUCAUGAUAUUCAUGAAAAACACCAAUAAUAAUAGUAGUAAUGCAGUCGUGGGCAGAACCAAACAAGGAUGACACGUGUUAAGGUAUGACCCACCUAAUGGUGAAUAUUUCAAAUGUUCAAAACAAUGUUUCAGCGAUAUACUGUAUUCAGUGAGAGACUUGUAUGCA